GAAGAAGAAACCGAGAAGAGGACGGAUGACACCGAUUUCAGUGUCGCCACCAGACGGAGGAAGCGGGUGCGAGUCUCCUCCUCCGAAGAUGAGUCACCAAGGCAGCCAAAGAUGCCAGCUGCUGCCACCAAGAAGAGUCCUAGAGCAGCCAGGACCAUCGUGCCCCCCAUGGCAGGAACAGGAGUUCCGCCAAUCAAUAUCGAGGGCACCGCUGAUUGGUCAUCCUUAAGCAGGAUGAUGAACAGCAAGGGGAUUCAAUUCUCCAAGGCGAGGACGGCGGGUACCAGUGUGAAGGUAUUCACAAAUACACCAGCUGACUACCGUCAGCUAGUCGCACUGCUGGAAUCCAUCAAGCCCUUCUUCACCUAUCAGCUGAAGGAGGACAGGAUGGACCAGAGGGUCAUUCGUGGGCUUCCCAGGGAGAUGUCAGUCAAUGACAACAAAGAGGAUCUAGUGAGCCAAGGCAUCGCAGACGCCGAGGUUCAGCAGAUGACCUCAAGGACCACCAAGAAGCCACUUCCGCUCUUCCUCGUCAAGACGAAGAUGCCGGAAAAGCUUGCAGAGAUCCAGAGGCUGGCCAUGCUCACGGUUUGA